GUGCAGACACAAAAUAAGGAAUCAUGAUUUCAUGUUUGGUUUUUAUUACUAUAAAAUAUGACUGAUUACAUCGAAAAUAUUAUAUAAAAAAACACAUGUAAUUUUUCAGAUUUGAAUUUCUUUUGGUGAAAUUCCUGAUGGGUCCGUGGAAAGUCAAAGUAGUUGUUGACACGGCUAAUGAGAACCUCAGAUCCGCCGUAGAUGCAAAGGAGUUGGCUUUGGCUUUGAGGAUCCAUACUGCUUGUGGGAUCUUCAGUUUUUCAAUUCAUGGGCCAUAAAAGGUCCUCCAGAUUCUCUGCUGCUGGUUUUCGAUUCAGAAGCCUUCUUCCCACAACUUUGGAAACCAUGAAAACAAGAAGGAUUUAUGGGGUUUCUCUCUCUCUCAUUCUCAUCAACUUGGCUGCUAUAAUGGAAAGAGCAGACGAAAAUCUUCUACCAUCUGUUUACAAAGAAGUCAGUGAAGCUUUCAAUGCAGGGCCAUCUGACUUGGGUUAUCUGACCUUCAUUAGAAACUUUGUUCAGGGAAUAGCAUCACCUCUAGCUGGUGUGCUAGUUAUUAGCUAUGACCGCCCUGUGAUUCUGGCAAUGGGAACUUUCUGUUGGGCCAUAUCAACCGCAGCAGUAGGAGUAAGCCAACGGUUUAUGCAAGUGGCCUUUUGGAGAGCGGUGAAUGGCUUUGGUUUGGCUAUUGUGAUACCAGCACUUCAGUCUUUUAUAGCUGAUAGCUAUAACGAUGGUGUGAGAGGAACUGGAUUUGGAUUGGUAAACCUUGUUGGUACUUUUGGUGGCAUUGGAGGUGGGGUUGUGGCCACCAUUAUGGCUGGUCAGCAAUAUGGGGGGAUGCCUGGAUGGCGCUGUGCUUUCAUUAUGAUGGCCACUUUGAGUUCUCUGAUUGGACUUCUUGUGUUCUUGUUCGUCGUUGAUCCAAGAAAAACUAUGAAUGUCAACCGUAUUAGUACUACUGUUGCCUCUGAGAAGGUUGAAUUGGUAGAGAAAGGCAAUGCCAGUGUAACAUCCGUUUGGGUUGAGUCCUGGACAGCAAUGAAAGCUGUUGUUAAAGUGCAGACAUUUCAGAUAAUCGUGUUGCAGGGUGUCGUUAAUUCGUUACCAUGGACUGCGAUGGUGUUCUUCACCAUGUGGUUUGAACUGAUUGGUUUUGAUCAUAACAGUACUGCAACACUUCUUAGCCUCUUUGCUAUUGGUUGUGCCAUGGGGUCUCUCCUUGGAGGAAUAAUAGCAGACAGAUUGUCACAAAUCUACCCCCGCUCAGGGCGCAUAAUGUGCGCUCAAUUCAGUGCCAUAAUGGGCAUCCCCUUCUCAUGGUUCCUACUCAAAGUGAUCCCUCAGUCACUCAGCAGCUACUACACCUUUUGCAUAACUCUCUUCCUAAUGGGAGUGACCAUUAGUUGGAAUGGUUCUGCUGCAAAUGGUCCCAUGUUUGCUGAGGUUGUCCCUGCCAAACACCGGACCAUGAUCUAUGCCUUUGACCGAGCUUUCGAGGGCUCAGUCUCUUCCUUUGCAGCUCCCUUGGUUGGAAUUCUGUCAGAGAAAAUGUUCGGCUAUGAUUCAAAAGGAGUGGAUCCAUUGUUGGGGUCUAAGCGGGAGGCUCUAGCUCUGUCUCGGGGGCUCCUCUCAAUGAUGGCAGUUCCAUUUGGUGUUUGUUGCUUGUUCUACACCCCUUUGUACAAGUAUUUCUGGAAAGAUCGUGAAAAUGCUAGAUUGGCUAGCGUGAAAGAUGAAGAGAUGAUGUAAUCAUUUUUUGAGAUGUGGGUAUACAGAGUUUUUUUCUUUAGUAGGACACAGUCAUAGAUGAAAGACACUUCUCCAGGUGCAUAUACUCUUGCCCGGUUUAACUGGCCAUUCUUUUCUUUUGCCAUGUAGAAUGAUCAUUUUAAACUUUGAUGAAAUGAGUACUGGGGACAAUGAAAGUUACACUUUUUUUUUUGUAAA